UGAAAUCCUCACUGCAGACAUACUCUGCUGGGAGGGAAUAUAUGUGUGUGAAGACUGAAUAAGAGAAGAGUGUAGCAGGAGCGUGGGGAGAUCGAGAGAUGUCAGGAAAGGAGAAGAAACUACUCCAGCUUCUGCGCUCCGUCACAAAGUCAAGUGCGGCAAACGGGACGUCAAUCUUAGUAGACGCGUCGAAAUACAUCAAGGAGCUCAAGGACAAAGUGGAAGCAGCCUCAUCAUCACAAGCUGACACUGACACUAGUAGUGCUUUUGGUUCAGGAAGUGCCAUGCCAGCAACGGUGAGUGUCUCAGCAGUGGAGCUGGAUAACAGCAGCCGAAGAAGAGGAUUCAGGAUCAACGUGUCGAUGGAGAGGAGCCGGCCUGGGCUGCUGGUGUCCGUGCUGGAGGCCUUGGAGGACCUCGGCCUCGACGUCCUGGACGCCGACGUCUCCUGCACCGACGACACCGCCUUCCGCUUCCAAGCGCUUGGCGGAUCAUCAGGCCAGGGCCUGCAGCAGCAGCAGCAGCAGCAGGAGGAGGCCGGAGGAAGCGUGGACGAACAAAUGGUUCAGCAUGCGGUCUUGCAGGCCAUCACCAAAUGCAUGGACGAUGACGAUGAGUAGCAAGACAGAAAACUGAAGAAGAGCCUGAAAUUUGCCGGCUUUAUUCUGGGCCUUGAAGCGCAAGCUUUACAGCCCAAGGAAUUCGUGAAGUUAAAUUUUACGUAGUUUUUUUUGUUGUUGCUUAUUAUUAUUCCACAGUGAAACAUUACUUCAGGUCUUGGUAAUUUGUAAUAGUAUCUUUCCUACCCAGAUUAAGUAUGGGACACGAAGGGAUAUAGUAUAAAGAUACUGUACAAAGAAUAAGACAGUAGCUUCAAGUACUGGAACUUCUCCAUCAGUAGCUGAACAUGGUUUUUUUUGCCCC